AUGCCGGACGUCGAUGACAGUUCCCACGCCCAUAAUAGCGCGCCAGACCAACACUUAACCUCCAUCGCGAACGAUGAAGAUGCCAGCGUACCAACACCGGCGCUACAUAUUGCAGCUGAUUUCUGCUCCUCCUCUGCAAUGCCCAUAUAUAAUGUCACCGUGGACGAUAUUUCUCCUCUGCUCAUCUAUAGCGAUGGACAAUGGGUGGACACGAACACGGGGGAUGCUGCUUAUACGGAGUACUAUAACUUCACAUUCCAUGCAACCCAGGUUGAGAACGCCGCGGUGACCUUCCAGUUCUUCGGUACGGCAAUAUACGUCGUAGGAGCCAAAAGGGAGAAUCAUGACGAUUAUACGAUUACAUUGGACGGCAUCUCUUCCGUUCAUGACGGUUUCGCCACGAAUCCUCCGCUAUUCCAGCAAACCCUUUUCAACAGACCCUUCCUGGACAUAGAUUAUGUCAUAUUCACGACGGGGGAUGAAUCGACGAGUACUACUCUUGUGAAUACUACCUUUGACGACGGUCUCGCGCAAUAUUCAAGUGGAUGGGACUCUUCGCCUGACGACUUCUUAUCGUCCUAUUACAACCAAACGAUGCAUCGCACCAACACCCCCAACGCGUCGGCAACUUUCAUGUUCAUAGGUUCAGCUAUUGCAGUGUACGGCUCCAAGGAUAUGAACCACGGCACAUUUGCGGCUAGUGUCGAUGGCGCCGCUCCAAUCCCGCUGAAUGGUGUCGCAUCGACAUUCAGAAAUCAGACCCUUCUGUAUUACACCUCUGGGCUCUCCAAUGACACCCACUACAUCACACUCACCAACUUGGGACUGGACACUGCCGUGUUCUUCGACCUCGACUUUUUCCUCGUCUCGCAGUAUGUUCCGGCCUCGAGCCCAUCCCCAACGCCGGGGUCUGGUAACUCCCACGUGAGAACACAUACGAACGUCGCCCCCAUAGCUGCUGGGGCAUCUGUCGGUGGCGUUGCGCUCAUCGUUAGCACCCUCGGCGUCUUUUUCUGGCUUCGACAUCGCAAACGACGGCGCAUGGCCGACGGUGUGCAAGAGGAAGAGAAUAAGAUUGUCCCGUUCCGGGACGGUAUUCGCGCCGGCGGCACGUCGCAGGAGGCACGACGCAGCUGCUCUCGGCACGUCGACCGCAUCCACGUCGACGGCGCGCGGGAGUGGGCGGCGAAGGAGAAAGAGGACGCGCGCAAGAUCGUCGAGAGACGCGCUGGGGUCGAACUCAAGCCCGUUUGCGUGCCGCAUCAUCCGGACAAUGCGUCCGAGACCAGAGCGCUGGAUCAUGGUGUGGCGUCGGACGAGGUGGCGGGCGGGCCACGUCGGUGGGGAUCAGAGACCGCAUCUAGCACGUACGACAUGCCGCCACCAGAGUACGGCCAGGUGUUUCCCCCACGUGUCGAGUCGGGUCGGCUUGAAUCUUCAACCGCGAUCAUCGCUACUGACUCAACCCACUCUGUCGCGCGGGAUGCUCCGACGUCAAGGCCGAGGCCAUUGCCUGUCCCACCUCCGUGA